AUGGAUGCAUACGAAUACGUAAUUGUUGACAAUAACCUUAUCAACACUGAAAUGCCAACUGAUGAAGAAAUCAUUGAAGCCGUCAAGAAUCAUGAAUGUAUUGAACCAGAUAAAGAAUCACAAAAACCAAUAUCACCUGUAGAAGCCUUAAGAUUUAUCCAUGGAAUCCUAACUUUUCUUGAAGAGCAGCCAGAUGGAAGUUUUAAAGUUGAUGAUUCUCUUAUUCAAAAUUUAGGGAAAUUAAAAAAAGAA